AUGGACACUACACCUGCACCAUCUAGAGCUACCACGCUGCCGAACCAAACCCCUAAACGAGCCCGAAGUUCACCUACCCCUAGUCCAGCAGACAUAGACUCGUCUUCCCCUUCCACACCAUCUGAAUCUUCACCACGUGAUCCAGGAUCCGCCAACCUUUCUUCCUUCUGUGCGUUUUUGGACCAGCAAACCACCCCUCAGUCUCCAUCCAAGUCGAGACAUGUAUCCAGACCUUCCCCUCCUCGAACCAGAUCCCAGUCCGUUCCCAAUGCUACAAUUCUAACAACUACCAAACCAGUACCAAUCACACCGUCGACGACCAUUAUAUCCGCUACCAAACCGUAUUAUCACCAAACCAAGGACAAAUCAUUAUGGAAACUACCUGCUCUAAAGAAAUCAACCUUAAUAAUUGGAUCAUCUAACCUGAACCGAAUUACCAAAACCAGUUCAGACACCGAAAUACAUUCUUACCCCGGUGCCCAAAUCCAUCACAAUACAGUCAAUCCUGGAAUCAUACGACCAUGA